UGACAUUUGCCAAAUCAUAUGUGAGAAGGUUAGUCUAUUGAUUGGAUAUAGUGAAAAAAACAAACAAACAAAAAAACAGAUACUUUGUAAACUAAUACAAAUAUUGACACAUUUUACAGCUUUCGCAGUCGUACUAUUUCUUUAUGGGCAUUUCAAGCGGAACUCCUCGCAGCGCGCGCUCUAUCCAAACCUCAAACACGGACUCUUUUGAUUCGGUUCACGGAAGUCGCUCAUCAUCACAGUCUGUUUAGCGUUCACGAAACCGGAUUAGGACAUUGGGUUAUAUAUGUGCUGUUAAUUUCGACAGUCCACCAGAAUGCGGUUGGCGUGUUGGCUGGUGUUCGCGGGCUGUUGCUCUCUCACUGCGGGGAUAGAGCCGAUCAGCACCAGCAUCGCAGUCGGGAUGGCCGCCGCGCUCACCGGGUUUCUGGCCAGUUACCAGAACGUGCUCUAUUACUUCCACGAGUGCUGCAGACCGGAGUGGAUCUCGUUCAACAAAACAGGACUGAAGUAUGACCUUGACACCAAGCUGUACGGGCAGCACGUUGCAGCUCAGGUCAUCCUGAAAGCCGUCACAGGCUUCAUGAAGAAUGAAAACCCGAAGAAACCUCUGGUUCUGUCCCUCCACGGCUGGACCGGGACUGGGAAGAACUUUGUGAGCCAGCUGAUAGCAGAAAAUAUAUACGAGAAAGGGAUGUCGAGCAGUUUUGUUCAUCUGUUUACAGCAACGGCACACUUUCCUCAUGAGGUUCACAUAAACACAUACAAGAACCAGUUACAGGACUGGGUAAAGGGGAACGUUUCCAUCUGCCCACGGUCCAUGUUCAUCUUUGAUGAAAUGGAUAAAAUGCAUCCCGGGCUGAUCGAUAGUAUAAAGCCUUACCUGGACUUCUACGAAAAUCUGAACGGAGUAUCGUACAGAAAGGCCAUCUUCAUUUUCCUCAGUAACGCCGGCGGUGAGAAUAUCGUUCAGGUGGCUCUGGAUUUCUGGAGGGACGGGAGAGAGCGAGAGGAGAUACAGCUGAAAGAUCUAGAGACGGCACUGACACUGUCCGUCUUCAACAACAGAAACAGUGGUUUCUGGCACACGAGUUUAAUCGAUAAGAACCUGGUGGAUUUCUUCGUGCCGUUCCUACCUCUAGAGUACAAGCACAUCGUUCAAUGCGGUUUGUCCGAGAUGGUCUCCAAGGGUCACGUCCCGGAAAAAGAAGUGGUUGAGAUGAUGGCCCACGACCUGAACUACUUCCCUAAAGAGGAGCGCGUCUUCUCCAUGCAGGGCUGCAAGGUCAUCCCCAGCAGGCUGGACUUCUAUGUUUGAACGAGAGGGAACAAAGAAACACUCAAAAACAGCAAACUGGUUAUCGUCUGCGUGCUUUUUUCACAGAAAUCCCUUCUGUUAUUCUGCAAUAGAAAGAACUGGAGCAGAAUUGCUCCUCAGACAUUACAGCUUUACGUGAUGCCAUGCUCUCGAAAGACUGAGAUGUUUUUUAUUUAAUCACAAGUGUUUAUACACCAAUGGACUGUUUUAUUGAUGCCGCAUCAGCUGGGUGUUUCUGUUAAAGAUGAAGUAGCAGAGGAAGCUUUUUUUUUAAAGACUUUGCACAUUGGAGCUCCAAAAAACACUGGGUAUUGGUGAUUUUAUAUGUUGAUCUGUAUUAAUUUUUAUCAUGAGAGAGAGAGAGAGAAAAAACUAUUUGCCUUUAUCUUGAAAUAUCACAUUUAUUAAUGCCUUUUUACAAGAAAAACGAUGUGUUGGGCUGUUUUUUGGAUAAAGAAGAUAAUUAGCUAGAAGACAAUUGUAGCUUAACCUGGAUCUCAUUUUGAUCUUUGAAACAUGAUCAUUUCUUUACAUCACUGUCAGGAUUCAGAUUUGUGUUGUCGAUUUUAAGUUGCAAUUUCACAACUACUGUAGUGCAACUGGUUCCUCUACAAGGUUUUGUUGAGUAAAUGACAGUGUUAUGGGCACUAGUCAUUA